CAAAAGCACCAAUGGACAAGCUUCUACUCUCCCACAUUCACGUAGCGAUAUUAGCUGCCCUUCUCUUGCUCACCCAUGGAAAGGGGUUUAUAGAAUCAUCAUCAUCAUCAUCAUCAUCAUGUUGCCAUCUAAACGAUACAGUCACCGGCUGUAUCGCCCACGAGAGAUCCGCGCUUGUCGGCUUCAAAGCAGGCCUCUUGGACCCUGCGAACCUCCUUUCAUCGUGGAAGGGUGAUGACUGCUGCAAAUGGAAGGGUGUCUACUGUAGCAGCAGAAACAACCACGUUGUCAAGCUCGAUCUCCCGGGCCAUGGUUGCGACCAUAAUGACGAUACGAUGACGCAAGUGCUGGGAGGCAACAUCAGCUCCUCGUUGCUUGGUUUGCAACAACUAAAGUAUCUCAACCUCAGCUGCAAUGGGUUCGAUGGGGUGCAAAUACCAAAGUUCAUAGGUUCUCUCCACAAGUUGAGAUACAUCGACCUAUCUAUGUCAAUGUUCACGGGAAGGAUACCACCGCAGCUGGGAAAUCUCUCCAGCCUACGGUACUUAAAUCUCGCUUCUAAUACAUACUCCAAUGGUAUCACCUGGCUGUCACGGUUAACUUCCCUUGAGCACCUAGACCUGACCUUUGUGGACCUCAGUACAGUUGUGCACUGGCUUCCGGUGAUGAACAUGCUUCCAUCUCUGAAAGUUCUUUACCUCCGCAAUUGUUUCCUUAGAACUAGCUCUGGAUUACUUCAGCUUUCAAAUCUGACAUCUCUUGAAAGACUAGACCUUUCUGCCAAUAACUUCCGUACAUAUAUCACACCCAACUGGUUUUAG